GCCCCGGCCCGGGCCGGCUGUCGGGAGCGGGCCUGGCAGCGCCGUUCCCUGCCGGCCGCAGAGCGCAGCGCGCCCGCCCCUUGCGCCCAGCUGCGGGAUGAGAGCGAGAAGCAGCGAUGGCCGGGUAGGCGACCAGAGUGCUGACACAGCCGCCGGAUGGAGCCAGCCCAGCGGAGGGAGUGGGACGCCGCACAGCGGGGCAGCCCGCCCUCGAAGACGGCAGAGGGUGGCGAGGGCCAUCCGGGCAGCCAGGCCUGGCAGGACCUGGAGGUGACGGGGAUCUGGCCAGCCAGCGCCCGCUACGCCCAGCCCAUGCCCAAGUGGGGUGAGGCUGCAGCCCGGGGCAGGCGGCCAGAGGGCCCGGGGGUGUCGCGGGCCCAGCCGGAGCCCCCCAAGCCAGGCCCGAGGGCAACGUGGGGUCCCAAGCUGCACUCGGCCCUGACGGGGUGGCCCCGGGGUGGGGACCCCCCGCAAACCCCGCCCCCGAAACCACGGGGCCCCUACCGCAGCCGGCUGGCCGGCCCCGGCUGGCUCCUCCCACCGGAAGCGGCGGGAGCAGGCGUCUCCCCGUCGCCCCCCGAGGGCUCACUGGAGGACAACCUGCUGCUGAUCGAUGCCCAGGGCGUGCCCUACACGGUGUCCCGGCGGGACCUGGAGGCGGGGCCGGCCCCGGCCCCCCGGCGGGCGCACUGCUGCCCCGUGUGCCGGCGGGCCUUCCUGUACCUCUCGGACCUGGAGCGGCACCGCAUCAGCCACUCGGAGCACAAGCCCCACCUGUGCCGGGCCUGCGGCAAGGCCUUCAAGCGGGCCUCCCACCUGCAGCGGCACCGGAACAUCCACACCGGCGAGCGCCCCUUCCGCUGCGCCGUCUGCCAGAAGGGCUUCCGGGAGUCGGGCGAGCUGCUGCGGCACCAGCGGGUGCACACGGGCGAGAAGCCCUACCAGUGCCCGCUCUGCCGCCUGCGCUUCACCGAGCGCAACACCCUCCGGCGGCACGCCAAGCGCAAGCACGCCCGCGAGGCCUGCUGCCAGGGCGCCGGGCUGGGCGCCUGGGCCGGCGGGGCCGAGGGCCGGCCCGGCUGGGCAGGGGAGGGCGGCCAGGAGGUGGGGCCCCCCUGACAGCACCGGCAGCGAGGGGGGAUGGAGCGAGGCUGAGGGUCAGCCCCCUCAACUGCUCCGGGAUCCCUGGGGAUGAGGGGCAUUG